CGGCCGCUAAGAUUUGAGUGUGCCUCACCGCGAGGCACACUAUUUGCCAUUCGGACCGACAACAUCUUCGCCUGACAUGACUCGUCGCUCCUGCGACUUUCUCCUGCCCUUGGGACUAUCGGUACUACGGUAUAACAGAGCUGGAUACAGGCUUCGCUUUAGGCGAAGCGUCUGUUUGGGCCUCCCGACCAGCUUCAAAGUGACGGUGCCGUCGCGCACGUGGGCGAUCUGGACAGAGACGCGUUCAAUGGCGACGCCAGCAGGGUCGUGCUCGGCAUCUGCAUCUCCAAGUGCGGGGGCGCCAGCAGCAAUGUGAACGGCGCCGAGGCCGCCUCGCUGCUGCGCGACGUCGCGGACCGUGUCCCAGGGUAUGGCGGCGCCUUCUUCUGGACCGCUGAUGGCGACGUCAAUUUCGCUUGGUCUUCCUCAGUUCGGCUUGAGUGUGACGUUUCGACCGCCGGCCACGACGCUGGCGCCGGCCACGACGCGAAGCUCCGCGCCCGUGCCGACCGCGUCGUCGACCACCACGUUGGCGCCGACCGCGACGUCGAGCACCAUCCCUUCGCCGAACACCUCGUCGACCAGCGCGCAAAGCUCCAUUGCUGCGACCGCCCCCUCUCGUUGCCUGGGCCGCAGCAGCCUGCUGCGCGGCAGUUGCCUCGCCGACAACGAUAACGGCUGCUGCGACCGGCCAGCGCCUCGGUGCGACGGCCAUCCGCAGCGCAAGUGGUGCGGCGCUUCGCUCGCGCAGUCGUCCAGGGCCGCCGUGCAGAAGCAUGCGCUCCCGGGCUUGGUGCAGUCUUCGGCGCAGAUUUGGCGGCCCGCUCCCGCUGCCGAGGAGCUCUGAACGUCAGACCCGUUUGAUUAGUUGGUGGCCGCGACGCCGUGGGGGGCGCGCGCCUUGACCCCGCGCGGUGCGCCGAAAUGUGGCGGGGCGCACGACUUUGACGCCGAGGUUCUGACCUCGACGCGGACGGCUGCCAGAUUUUGCGCGAGCCCUCUCCUGACCAGUUGACCUGCAUCAAGUGCAGCUGCGUAUUGCGCGCGUUCUCCGGCGCGUUGUUCCCCCGGUGGGGUGGAUCUACCGCGCCGUGGUCUCGUCCCGCCUGGGCUACGUAAACACUCGCUGUGUGACCACGCCAGACAGAGAGGGC